UUCCGGCCCCGAGGCGGGGAAGGAGCCGGAAGUCCGGCGGGUUGAGGGUGUCGAGAUGGAGGAGGGCGAGUACGAGUCGGUGCUCUGUGUCAAGCCGGAGGUCCACGUCUACCGCAUCCCGCCGCGAGCCACCAACCGUGGUUACAGGGCCGCGGAGUGGCAGCUGGACCAGCCAUCAUGGAGUGGCCGGCUGCGGAUCACUGCAAAAGGGCAGGUGGCCUACAUCAAGCUGGAGGACAGGACCUCAGGGGAGCUCUUCGCUCAGGCCCCGGUGGAUCAGUUUCCUGGCACAGCCGUGGAGAGCGUGACGGAUUCCAGCAGGUACUUCGUUAUCCGCAUCGAAGAUGGAAACGGACGCCGGGCGUUUAUUGGAAUUGGCUUCGGGGACCGAGGCGAUGCCUUUGACUUCAAUGUUGCAUUGCAGGACCAUUUCAAGUGGGUGAAACAGCAGUGUGAAUUUGCAAAACAGGCCCAGAACCCAGACCAGGGCCCCAAGUUGGACCUAGGCUUCAAAGAGGGCCAGACCAUCAAGCUCAACAUCGCGAACAUGAAGAAGAAGGAAGGAGCAGCUGGGACUCCCCGAGCGCGGCCCGCCAGCACAGGAGGACUGAGCCUGCUUCCUCCGCCCCCGGGGGGGAAAUUCUCCACCCUGAUCCCCCCACCUGUGGAGCAGUUGUCUGGGGGCGGAUCCCUCGUCCAGACAGCAGUUGCUCCCAGUUCAGGUCAGUGCUCAGGAGUCACUGUACUUGCUGCGAAAGCUGCACCUGCGGGUUCCUCUCCGCCGCCAGGUGCAGCUGGGGCCCCGUGGUGCUCCCUCCUUCACUCACACUGUCCAUCAUGUGGUACCUGUCUGUGACACCAUGAAGCUGAUCCUGCCCAGACUGGGUAAGGGGUUCCCCUCUUCCCUGAUACCUGCCACUUCCCCGCUUAGUGCCUCUGUCUACCCCCGAUGGGUGGGGGCUGCAGAUUGUUGGUUGUGACACUGAUUUGCUAUGAAAGCAUCAGCAUGUGGGUUCCUGGUUCUUAGAAGCUGCUCAGUGUUUGUCGAGUGGGUGGGUGAUAGAGACACGGUCUGCUCAUAUCUGGUAGGAGACAGAAGUCCUGGGUACAAAGACCAAUUGUAUGGGUCCACAUAUGACCAGCCAGGAUGAUGUGGGGAGGCUCCAUGGAAAAGGUGGCAUUGAGGUGGGCCUUGAAGGGAGGAGAUGGGGGCAGAGGACGCUUGGCAUUCCAGACAGAAGAGUGUGAAUAAGGCUCAGAUUUUUAAUCACCUGGUGUGUGUAGGAAAAUGGAUGUAGCAUAAGUAUGCCAGGGUGAGUGGUAGAAAAUAAAAUCGGGGAUUUAGUUUAGAGCAAGGUCCUUGGUAAGGCCCUCGGGGUCCUGGGAAGCUGAGAGGCAACUCGCCCAGCACGCUAUGCUGGUGCUUGUUCUAAGGUGUAAGGAAUGCCUUUUGGUGACCCUGGGAUUCCAGAAGUUAGUGCCCAGUACCAGCCACCGGUAGAGAUGGGGAGCUAGCCCAUUUCCUUGGCCUCUCCACCCUACCCGCCCGGCCUAGCUGGUGUUCCAAGCCUUCCCCAGGCUGGGUGAUUUCUCCACACAGAUUUCACUAGGUUCUAGAGGACAGGAUUGCAGGAAGCCUGCUUUCUUUCCCUUUUAAGGGUGUGGACAUAGGCUUCCCCAUCUGCCGGUCAGGCUUCCAACCUCAGCCUGUGGGGAAUUCCCAGCCCAGGAGUGGGCAGGAGUAGUGGUCAGCCAGCCUCUGCCACGGUACCAGGAACCAUUUUUCCAGCAUUGUUUCUCAGAGUAACAGGACCACCUGCCUUGGCAUCACCAGGAACGAGGACAGGAAUCUGUGUUCCUAACAUUAUUUGUAUACUCACUAAGGUCUGAGAGCUGCUAUCUUAGGCCUUCCCUCGGUUGCUGGUGCAUGUUUAACAGCUAAUACGGAGUAUCUACUAUGUGCCAGGCAGUGUUUUAAGCCCUGGGAAUGUUGUAAGUACAGCACCAAGUUCCCGCUCUCAAGGGCUUAUGGUUUGUUUUGUUUUGUUUUGUUUUAAGGUUUUAUUUAUUUAUUUUGAGAAAUCAAGAGUG